AUGGACGAGAGUAAUCGUGGACGGAGGCAGAAUGAAUCGCCAUAUACCGGAUCAGAUCCGAGAUUCAAUGCUGGACAGGCACAAGGGCAGGCACAAGGACAGGCACAGCAAAGCAGAGCCUUUGCGACUUCAUCCGCAGAGAGAUAUCGAGCAGCAACUUUGACGGCGUCUCCAUCUGCAGGCAGAGGAGCUGCGGGGGGAGCUGCGACGUACCCGGCGGGGUUUUACCAAGAGCCACAAGCUGCCUUUUCUGCGGCACUACCAGCAAAUUCUCUGCAGUACCAAUCCGCCUAUCCACAAGACCAGAGGCAGCAGCAGAAUUUCUCCAAUUACAACCAAGAUCUCAUGUACAAUGUUGCACAACAGACGCCGCAGUCCAACGUCUAUGACUCGGCUCAACAAUUUCAGUCUCGGCAACCUGCAGCGAUGCAGCUAUUGUCAGACGUUGCAGCACCCUAUUUUCCAAACGAACCAACCAGUGUGUCUGGUCCGCCAGGUAUGCCCCUGCAUGCGUCCUCAGGCUCCUCAGCUGUGUAUCAACAACAUCAACAGAGCCCGGAAAACCGCGCUCCUUUGCUCCAACAAGGUUAUACGGGUGCAAUGGAAAUGGGAGGGAUCCCUCAAGCUGCGGAAGCUAUGGACGAAGAUGAGUUUCAAGUGCAAGGGCCAGGGAUGGAAGCAGCAUAUACAGCAUACCAGACAGCUUUGAAAGAGAUUUUCCAGAACAUCAUACAAGGUCGUCUAGCAGUAGCGGCGCAGUCUUUACUCGAGAUAUCGGAAUGGCUUCUAGGACAUGUAGGGGACUUAGGCCUUACUGUAGACGAAAUUGCGCUCCACACAGAUCGAAUACGUCUCUGGGGAGAAUUUAAUACCGCAUGGCUUGCUAUUUUCCAGAAGCAAAAGGAUCUGCUGGAGGCUGGACAACGAGCUCGACAACCAAAUUUGAUGACUCAAGAGGUUAUCAAUAAGAUGGCCAAGGACCUUAUACGAAUGUGUGAUUCGGUUGAGAAGCACGGUCUUGUUGACUAUCAAUACGGAGUUGCAGAGGAGAGAAUUAUGAUGAGUGAGUAUUAA